GUCCCCCAGAGGCUUUAUUUAAGUGCUUCCCGGCCUUCAGCGUUUGAGCUUCCAACCCCGCCGGCCGGCCGCCCAUUCCGCCGUAGUGGCAUUUCCAGUCCCCUUUAAUUUGCUCCUUUUCCUAAGCUACCAAAAUAUAUGGCUGCAGUUGUAUAUCAAGAGGAAUAUAUAAGGAAUUCAAGAGGAGUGAAGCUCUUUACUUGCAGAUGGCUGCCCUUGUCUUCUCCCAAGGCCAUUGUUUUCCUCUGUCAUGGGUAUGGCAUGGAAUGCAGUUAUUUCAUGAAAGUUGUGGGAAAGACGCUAGCAAGUUACGGGUACGCAGUGUUCGGAAUCGAUUAUGAAGGGCACGGAUGGUCAAUGGGUGCCCGUUGUUACAUCAAAAGAUUCGAAAAUAUUGUAAAUGACUGCACCACCUUCUUCAAAUCAAUUUCUGCGCAACCGGAAUACAGAGAGAAGAGAAGAUUUCUAUAUGGAGAAUCAAUGGGAGGGGCGGUGGCUCUCCUAAUACACAAGAAGGAUCCUUCUUUCUGGCAUGGUGGAAUUUUGGUUGCUCCUAUGUGUAAGGUACAAUUAAUCAACGAUGUGAUAACGUAUUUAAUUAUAUCAGAGAAGGUGAAGCCACAUCCAUUGAUAAUAAGCUUGCUAACCAAGGUGGAAGACGUCAUUCCCAAAUGGAAGAUAGUCCCCACAAAAGACGUCAUCGAUUUAGCUUUCAAGGACCCUGUCAAACGAGAAGAGAUUCGAAGCAACAAGUUGAUCUACCAACACAAGCCCAAGCUGAAAACGGCUCUAGAAAUGCUAAGAACUAGCAUGAACCUUGAGGAAAGUUUGCAUGAGAUUACGCUCCCAUUUUUCGUGUUGCACGGGGAAGCGGAUACGGUGACUGAUCCAGAGAUUAGCAAGGCCUUGUAUGAACAAGCCAGCAGUGAAGACAAGACCAUAAAAUUGUACCCAGGAAUGUGGCACGGUUUGACAUCUGGGGAGCCUGAUGAGAACAUUGAGGUUGUCUUCUCCGAUAUCAUUUCAUGGCUUGACAAGCGGUCUGUAGAAUCUGCAGAUACUAGUUUCCAAGGAAACAACAACCUUAGCGUUCCCGACGAGAUGAUGAUCGCCAAAAUGGCAUCUCCCGGCCGUUCAAUGAAGGCCCAGAAACUGAGUACAACACAUCGUGGGAAUUAUUUAUGUGGGUGGAAGGGCCGUCGCUUCCACCACUACGAUUCUGAUCUGCAGUGUAAUAAUUAAACAUUAAACAUAAACCUAAAACCUCUACUAUUAUCCUGCACAAUGUUAAUCGUGGUUACGUUGUUUUUGAAGGAAAUGGAAUAACAAAAACCACCUAAAUUUAUCCUAGUUAUAA